AUGGCUCCACGUAGCUGGGCUCUGCUCAGCGGCCACACCCCGGGCAACCGUCUCGAUCGGCGGGCUAAACCAGGUGAGGGUAUCCGUGCGUGCACCUGCACGCGCGGUACUGUGGUCUGCGCUGGCCGGAUGGAUCUUCGCGUCGACAUCGUCGAGACGAGGCUCUGCCUGGACCAUCGUAGGCGGCCAGCAGGUAAGUUCUUCCUCAGGUAAGUGAAUUUACUUUGCUUCUUCCUUGUGUCUGUUGAAGUUCUGUGUUGUCUGCUGCUCUUGUUGCCUGCCCUCUAUAUGUUAGUUAGUCUGUCUGUUAUUAUCUAGAUGAAACUCUUGAUGCCUGCUGCGACUGUCUGUCUGUCAGUCUAUGCCUCUCUCUCUGCUAAUAGCUAGGUGUUACGGUGCUUGACACUUGAGUGGUGCCCUCACUUGUCUCUGACUGAUGACUGUGUCCACUUGUCCACCCUAGCUAGCUGUAAGUCCCAUAGCGUUAGGUUGUGUGUAUGCUCUCUCCUACUUCACUCCCUCACAUCACUAUCACCACCAAGGUCCCAGGUUAAUUCGGGUCGUUCUCUCACUAACAAAAAGUCGUGGCCCAUAGUGGAGUCCGGCAGCCGUCUGGGAUAACCGGGCAGCCCUGUUCAGGGAUGAGUUGUCUGCCCUCGCGAGGGGGAGGGGGCUAGAAAAGGUGCCCUAAAGAUCGCUGGGAAUCACGCUGUCUGUAGGCUGGCCGUGGCUGCAGACAAAAAACACACGGUCGAAACAGCCAAAACCAAAACAACAACAACAACAACAACAAUCACUCUCUUCCUCUUCCAGCCUAUUCUUCUUCUUCUCCUACUCCUACUUUUCGCUGCCGCAGUCGCCAGACUGGCAGGGUGAGCCCGCACACUCUAGCAGCCUAGAAUGCUCGUUCCCUUUUAGACAAUCCGAGGAGCAACCGACCGGAACGGAGGACGGCGCUAGUGGCACGAGAACUGGCGAGCUACAAGGUGGACAUCGCCGCACUCAGCGAGACCCGAUUCUCCGAACAAGGCUAA